AUGGCGACGGAAGACAACAGCGAGUACCUCGGCGCUGCGACGGAGGAAGCCAUCGCGGCGCAGAUCCUCGCCAGCGCCGGCGAGAGCGGGCCCAACUCGGAGUACCUCUUCAAUCUUGCCGCUGCACUGCGCGCGCUGCAGGCGGCCGACCCACACGUCUUCGCCGUCGAGGCAGCAGCACAUGCACUGAUGCAGAGCCAGGCUGCGUGA